CAUGGUCGACACCGUGACUUCUUCCCAAUCCCGUCAUCCCCCGCGCCGAAGGGAGCCCUCCCUCCUCCUGCGGGUGAGGCUGCGGCCUAGCCGAGAUGGCGGCGUAUUUGACCCACCAGCAGAAAGUGCUGCGGCUGUACAAGAGAGCGCUGCGGCACCUGGAGUCCUGGUGUGUCUUCCGAGACAAGUAUCGCUUUUUUGCCUGCAUAAUGAGAGCCCGCUUUGAUGAGCACAAAAAUGAAAAGGACAUGGUGAAAGCAACCAAGCUGCUCAUGGCAGCGGAACAAGAAUUCUGGCAGAACCAACAUCCUCAGCCGUACAUCUUUCCCGAUGCUCCAGAAGGCACAUCUUACGAGAGAUACGAGUGCUACAAGGUAUUUGAAUGGGUCCCUAGAAUUCACUGGCAUCCUUCUGAGAAGGCGAGUGUACCCAGAUUUCAUUUACAAGAGAGAGAGCAAUGGGGAAGCUUUGCCGCUGCAUUGGAAAGCUGGGAGAAAGAGGUCCAGCAGCUUAAGGAAGAAACCUUCCAGGGUGGCUCCUCUGGAUCAAAACUCCGCCUCCAGCUUCCUCGAAACAAAGCCAGGGCACCUACCCCCCUCUGUGGUGGAGUUUCUCGUGAAAACUCGCGCCUCGUGAAGCGCCCCAUGUAGAAAGCAGCGCGCUCUACACAGAAACAGUUUUCAUCAAGGUUAUGACCUUUGAGCAAGAGAGAAUGUUAGCAUGCAGAACUACGGUAAACGUCAACAAUAAAGCGAAAUCGGUUGUGUGGAA